AUGAUAGCAUAUAUAGAUGAAGAUGGAAUCGACAGAACACCAAAACCACUGGACCCAUCAAUAUUCAACUUCUUAAAAAAAUCCCCCCUCACAGAUACACCACGAGCUGCGACAGAUUUAGAUGCAAAAUCGCCACAAACAAUCUUGAGAAACGAACGCACGAACCUCUUCCUCAACAGUUCCGAUAGUGAGGAUGAAUCUUCCUUCAACGAAACGCCAGAGGACCUAGAUCUGGGGUCGGAAGUCACAAAAAGCGACGCAGUACUGGAACCGGAAGAUUCAAAGGUACCCACGCAUAUGAGCUUAGUCUUAAACGAAACAGAAACGAUUUACCUAUUGACCAUAGCCAAUUCGACUGAGUUUGCUGACGGUGAGGAGGCUGGAAAUGUUUUGGAGGACAAUGACAGGUACGACUAUCUGACGGUGGGGAAGGGGAGGAACAGACGAACUGUGAGUGUGGGCUGCCAAACUGUGUCUGUGCUGAUGAAGAAGCGAGAAACUGAUUGUGAUAAGAUUGAGAAAAGGGAUGCGGAGACUUUUACUUCUAACUGGGAAAUGUUUGACACGUUUAAUGAGGAAGAAAGAGAUAGGCAAGCUGAUGAAGAGGAUUCAGAUGAUGAAGUUUUAGUAUCUAAACAAGAAGUCGAAGCUGAAGCUGAGAGAAUUAUGUGCAGUGAUGAGUUUCAAGACGCAGUUACGAUAAUUGAAAGACUGUUGGCCAAUAAUGUGUUCAUCGAAAAACAAAAAACAUUUCGGGAUAUUGAGAGUAAAAUCUACACAGAUGAUGAAGUACAAUACAGAUAUACAUUGGAGGUUUUAUUGAGUUUUAUAGAUAAAAAUUCCAAAGAUAAACCUGUAAAAUCCAUGGAAUGGAACCCUUUUAACAAAGAUUUAUUAGCAGUGGCACACGGCAAAUUUUUCUCCACCGACGAAACAUCCGGACUAGUGAACAUUUGGAACAUCAAAAAUCCGGUACUACCCGAAAGAAGUUACCAGUUUCAGCAUCCGGUUACCAGCCUAAGUUUUUCGAAAAUCAAUCCUUAUGUACUUGGUAUCAGUUUGUAUUGUGGUAAAGUCUAUUUGAUCCACAUUUCCAAACGGAAACUUCACAUCAUAGCAGAAAGCGUGGACUUUGAUGUUGCUGUCAUGGAUGUCCCCAGGCAAAUCCAAUUCAUGGAGCCACGCUCCAUUAAGAAUUUGACUGGUGAGGAUGAAUGCAUGGUGAUUUACGAGAGCGGAAGAGUUUUAUUGUUUAAAACGACACGCACCCAGCACUUGGAGUACCAACAAAUAAUGCGGACUCCGAAGGCCGAAGGCAAAAUUAAAGGACUUCAACUGUUAAAGAACCCAAAGGGUCAACCCUCCGUUUGUAAAUUCGUUGCUGCAACGUCCAUGUGCCAAAGUCCUUCUGAUGCCGACCUUUACUACGUGACCACCGAUGACGGUGUCGUGCAUAUUUGUUCCAGGAACUUUUUCAACCAUCAAAUAGACCUAUUUCAAGCUCACGAAGGCCCGAUAACUUAUAUCGGCGUCCAUCCGUUCUGCGAUCGGUUCCUAAUCACAUGCGGAAGUGAUAUGUACACCAGAUUUUGGGCGGAAGGGGUAGACGAGCCAAUUUUUGAGAUCGAAAACUCCUUCAUCCCAAUGGUGAGCUGCCAGUUCUCUCCCACCCAUCCGACCCUCUUCGCACUGAUAGGGUUGACGAACGUAUACCUCUGGGACAUGCAGAGGAAGUCCAUGAAGCAUCAGUCGACAACGGAAUUAAUAACGAAGGCAACUUGCACGUCGAUGCAUUUUCGGCAAAACGGAAAGUGUCUCAUUGUUGGAGACACAAAGGGGCAAGUGCAUGUUUAUUCGUUGCGGGAUAUCCCGUAUCCGCCGUUCUUCCCCGAAAAUUUAUUCAUGACGAUGUUGAGGCAACAACUGUUGUACAAAGACGAAGUGAUUAGCAAAUUGGAGAAACGUGUGGAAAGGACGAUAAUUGUGGAUAAAGUCAGGGAACUUAAACCGUAUAAACGUUUGCCUGAAGAUGAUGAGGAAAAACGUAAAUCCAUUGAAACGGAAGCAGAUGAAAACGUCGAUGAAGGGGACAACAAUAAUUUAAAAUAA